UAGCGUGGCGGCGCGGCAGCCCGGUCCCGCGGGCGGAGGAUGGCGUGUCGCGGCGCCUGCUGCUGCUCCAGCGCGGGUCGCCUCAAUGCGGACAACGCGCGGUUCCUCCUGCUGGCGGUGCUGAUCGUGCUGUACAUGCUGUGCGGCGCCGCCGUCUUCUCGGCCAUCGAGCUGCCCACGGAGCGGGAGGCUAAGGAGCGCUGGGAGGAACGCCUGGAGAACUUCACCCGGCGCCACAAUCUCAGCCGUGCCGAGCUCCGGCACUUCCUCCGGGAAUACGAGGAGGCGAGCGUGGCCGGCAUCCGCGUCGAUGACAUCCGGCCCCGAUGGGAUUUCACCGGCGCUUUCUACUUCGUGGGCACCGUCGUUUCUACUAUCGGUGGACACCCUGGACACCCAGGCAGCUGCAGAACCAGAUCAGCACUGCCACAGGUGAUAGCAGAGAAGUUACAGUCGGUACUUCAUUUAAAUGAGAGCAGGUUUGGUAUGACCACCCCAGCCACCGUUGGAGGCAAAAUUUUUCUGAUAUUUUACGGCCUUAUAGGAUGUGCAGGGACCAUUUUGUUCUUUAACCUGUUCCUGGAGCGCUUGAUCACUGUCAUAGCUUAUGUCAUGAAGUCCUGCCACGAAAGACAGCUGAGGAGGAAAGGGGUUCUCCCUCACAACGGCCGCCGGGGCUCAGGGACAUCUGAGGUGGACAGCCUGGCAGGCUGGAAGCCCUCUGUGUACUAUGUAAUGCUGAUUUUAUGUGUAGCAUCCCUCAUCAUUUCCUGCUGUGCCUCUGCAAUGUACACACCAAUUGAAGGGUGGAGUUACUUUGACUCACUUUACUUCUGCUUCGUGGCCUUCAGCACCAUUGGUUUUGGUGAUCUGGUCAGUAGCCAGAACAUCAGGUAUGAGAGCCAAGGCCUUUACCGCUUUGGCAACUUUGUCUUCAUACUCAUGGGGGUGUGCUGCAUCUAUUCCUUAUUUAAUGUGAUCUCUAUUGUCAUCAAGCAGUCCAUAAACUGGAUAUUAAAGAAGUUGGCCUGCAAGUGCUGCCACAGGUGCCAAAGAAGAUUAUUUCGUUCACGGAGGAACGUGGUGAUGCCGGGAAAUGUGCGCAGCCGGAGAAACAUCUCCAUCGAGACUGAGGGUGUCAAUGAGAGUGACACGGACGGACGCCGUCUGUCGGGGGAGAUGAUCUCCAUGAAAGACUUCCUGGCCUCCAAUAAAGUCUCACUGGCCAUCAUGCAGAAACAGCUGUCAGAAACUGCUAAUGGGUAUCCAAGGCAAAUGAGCUCUAGCUCAAAGCAAAACGGAUUCUCUGGUGGGGUUGGAGCCCUAGCAAUUAUGAAUAACAGACUGGCAGAGACAAGUGUGGAUAGGUAAAAUAGUAACAGUAAUAGCAGUGAAAGAGUGUGAGCCAUUUCAACAGGUAUUGAAACAAUGUGAAUCGAGUGAAAUAGCUAGGGUGAGAGCACCACCUGAGGGUGGGAUCAUGUGAAGAGCAUACCUCCUGAUGGAAGACCUCUUGACUUUUUUGGGGCUGUCACUUAAUGUUUUUGCAUUGUACCAGUCCCAGCCUUCCUUCUUCCCCAUCACUCUGCUCCUCAAGCAGGUUACUGCAGGGGGAUUUUAAUUUAGCCUUCAGAUAUAAUUUCUAUGUCCUGUUCUUCUCCAUUAUGUGACAUACAGAUUUCAGGAUAAGAAAUCUGUGGGAUGAGAAGAAACCAAGUGUGUCUACUGAACACAUUCUUAAUUCAGAAAUUGUUUGGAGUUCUCUGUCUUACUCUCGUCAUGCCUGUUUCCUGGACGUGACUUAUCUGAGACCAAAAGAUGAAUCAGCCUUUGUGAUAUUGCAGAUCUAAUUUAAUGGAAAAUAGUAUGAAAGUUGGUAUAUUCUGGAGCUAUUGUAAUGUGAAUGGGGAGAGAAUUUUGCCUUUAGAAUUUAUUUAGUCUUUCCUAUAAUAGGAUACUGUCAAACGUGAUAGAAUAAAAACUUAUCCUACUUUUGUUUUCUUCAUUUUCAAAACAUGGUUAUUUUCCAAGGAUACUUUUUCUUCUAGAGUUGAAUCACUGUGGCUUUCUGCUUCAAAAAUGUCUAAUUAAAUUGAAAAUUGACAUACUGA